CAGAGAGGAGGCUGACUGCAUGAUGGGAGAGGAGACUAUUGGGAAGAAGUUACCUCCAACUACAGCAACUCAAGACUCAUCAAAAGCAGAGAUGGACAGCAGGACAAAGACCAAGGAUUACUGCAAAGUAAUAUUUCCAUAUGAGGCACAGAAUGACGAUGAAUUGACAAUCAAAGAAGGCGAUAUAGUCACUCUCAUCAAUAAGGACUGCAUCGACAUAGGCUGGUGGGAAGGAGAGCUCAAUGGCAGACGAGGCGUGUUCCCUGAUAAUUUCGUGAAGUUACUCCCGCCGGACUUUGAAAAGGAAGGCAAUAGACCCAAGAAGCCGCCUCCUCCAUCAGCUCCUGUCAUCAAACAAGGGGCAGGUACCACGGAGAGAAAACAUGAAAUUAAAAAGAUACCUCCUGAAAGACCAGAAACACUUCCAAACAGAACAGAAGAAAAAGACAGACCAGAGAGAGAGCCAAAACUGGAUUUACAGAAGCCCUCUGUUCCUGCCAUACCACCAAAAAAACCUCGCCCACCUAAGACCAACUCUCUCAGCAGACCUGGUGCGCUGCCCCCAAGAAGGCCAGAACGACCAGUGGGUCCUCUGACCCAUGCCAGGGGUGACGGUCCAAAGAUUGACUUGGUGGGCAGUGCCAUCUCCGGCAUCCUGGACAAGGAUCUCUCAGACCGCAGCAAUGACAUCGACCUAGAAGGUUUUGACUCCGUGGUGUCAUCUACUGAGAAACUCAGUCACCCAACCACCAGCCGACCAAAAGCCACGGGAAGGCGGCCUCCAUCCCAGUCCCUCACUUCCUCAUCGCUCUCAAGCCCUGAUAUUUUUGACUCUCCAAGUCCAGAAGAAGACAAAGAGGAACACGUUUCACUUGCGCACAGAGGAGCCGACGCAUCAAAGAAAACUUCAAAGACUGUUACCAUAUCCCAAGUGUCCGAAAACAAAGCUUCCCUGCCACCCAAGCCAGGGACCAUGGCCGCAAGCGGCGGGCCAGCCCCGCUGUCCGCCACAGUGCCCUCCCCUCUGUCAUCCUCUUUGGGAACAGCUGGACACAGAGCCAACUCCCCAUCUCUGUUUGGCACCGAAGGAAAACCAAAGAUGGAGCCUGUGGCCAGCAGUCAGGCGGCUGUGGAGGAGCUGAGGACGCAGGUCCGGGAGCUGAGGAGCAUCAUCGAGACUAUGAAGGACCAGCAGAAACGAGAGAUUAAGCAGUUAUUGUCAGAGUUGGAUGAAGAGAAGAAAAUCCGUCUUCGGCUCCAGAUGGAAGUGAAUGACAUAAAGAAAGCUCUUCAAUCAAAAUGAAUACUUGAUCAAUGAAACGUUGCAUUAUCCAUCCUGAGUCAGAGACUCAAAUUUUCCACCCCAGCCAAAAUAACCUUGUGCCAAAAGAUGAAAGGUUUGCCUCCACAUGUCCCUGUUUGACAGAUUAGCACACAAGUCUUGAUAGCACAACACAAAUUCCAUCCAAGAGGAGAAUGUGUCCCAUGGCUUCGUCCUGGGACUGGCACU